GAAAACGAGGUUGGUGACCGCCAUGACAGUUUUGAAUGUUAUGGAUGCCGGGAAAAGUAAACAAACUUACUGCAAAAUAUAGAAGAAAAUGAAUCAUCUAAACACUCAUGCACGGUUAAUUGUAAGUUGUGCCAGACUUACAUUUCCCUAGAUAUGAAAAUCAAUCUUCUACGCCAACCAGAUACGAGCCUGAUGGCUGGACUUCCCCCCCGUCUAUUUUCGUCUGAACCAAUCGUGAACUUACCGAUAUAGGUAAAUCUAAUGAAUAAUUUAACUCCUACUUACCUUGCGGUAUUGCCCCAACUACCUCAAUAUAGAAUAUCUCUGGUAACAAUGCCAGUGAACACGUGAUGAUGUGGAAUUGAUUCGUUUGUUGGGGCCAAGCUUUGACAUAUUAAUAUACAAGACUGGAAUACUAGGCGUAAUCAAUGGAAUUCGCCGCUUUGUUUUGAUUCGAAUACACAAAACGACCAUAUGAUUUGGACGUUUGGAGGGCGAGCGUUCCAAUAUGAAAUCAAGUAUUCAAGCUUUUAUGUUGAAACAUUUUUAGCUUCUCGCAUAAAAUGCUGUUUUUAGAUCGACUUUCCUGAUAUUAUUAAUUUGUGUACUGAAGCUCAUUCUAUUUUGUGCUGAAAAAUUCCAGAAGUGCUUUUAUGAUAACAUCAGACUCAGUGACAUAAACAUUCUCAGGUCUUUUUAUACCCUGAAUUAUUUUAUGAAAAAAAAAUAACCAUUGGACGGAAAUUUUUAUGCUUAAUGUUAGAACAUUUUUACAAUUAGGAUCAAUGUCAUUGACCAGUUGCGAUUAAGUUGUAUUACACUACAUGUAUAACUGGUCGCGAGCUCCCCUGGACAGCGGAGGAGAAUCCGAUAACAGUCCAGGAGUACGACGAACAUGGAACAAUCAAGCGAAAGACUUUGAAUGUCAAACAUACCACAUGGAGGAUCACUCGGAGGAAGGCUCAGAUUACGAUGAAGGUUUCAGUAAAGGAGCUGAUGUCAGAAACAUCAGGGAAAAAAUCCAAAAAUUAGAACGGGAAAAAGCAAAACUUGAAAAACAAGAAGCAGAAAAGCAUAUGUUGGAACAGAGGCUGAAGGAAGUCAGUGCGUCUGUGUCUGAUCUUAAAAAUGUGAAAAAUUCUGGAAAUGUUUCCACAGCCUCAACAAGUAGAGGUAAAAGUAAUAAAAACAAUCGUGGCCAUGAGGUUCCUUCGUCAUCAGGAAGUGGCGUGGUCGACAUGUUAAAAGAACAACGGGCAAAGCUUAAUAGGCUGACCCAUCAACGUGGCGAUUCUGGCUCCACUCGACAGGAAGUAGACGAUGAUGAGGAGUCCGAGUCAGGUGACGAGCAGGAGGAGGACUCUAGAAACUUGGACAAAGUGAUGAGUAUGGAACACAAGAUGAAGCUCCAGCAUCACCGUGACACGUUGGUGGAGAGUCUCAUUCCUGAUGAUAUACUCAACGACCUGAUCGCCAACAAGGUGCUGUUAAUUGGCGAUGUGAGUCGGAUCAAGGAGAAGAAUACACAGGAAGCCAUGAAUGAGGAGUUACUGAACAACCUGGGGAAGCGGUCAGACCGAGCCUUUUAUGUGUUUGUUAAGUCUCUCCGUAAAACACUCCAGGGAUACCUGGCCGACCUCAUCGACGAGCCAGUACCUAAACCUACACUGCGAAAAACCAAACGCAAACGCCAAAAAGCCGAGCUGAAUGUUAGUGUGGACUGUGAGAGUGUUCUCCCCUUACCAAAGAAGAAACCUCAGUGUUCGUGCCAGGAAGUUGAGGAACAAAUUCUUGUAAUGGCGAGGACGGCGUAUAGUACGAUCCGUCGCCGUGACAACACCCCAGCAUCAUUUGAACAAUUUAAGAAGGAGUUAUCACAGACCAAUGAUAUCAUAAAAGAUACCGCUGAAGUAAUGCAUACUCUUAAAAUCUUGUGUAAACAUGGUGAUGAAAUCUCUGACAUUUCUUACGGAAGUGUGAAAUUUACGAUACACUGCAAAUCCUUACGUAGUGUCACCAGCCUCUGGGAGAUGUACAGAUGUGGGGACUUGUUAGAGCUGUUACAGCGGGGCCUUAUCACCAAAACUUUGCUUCGGAAGUGUCAGGCUCGGGAUGUUCGCCUUCGAGUUAGGAUACCGGAGGAGGAAUAUUUACAGUGUGUGAAGGAUCUGGAAAGUGAUGAGCACCUAUCACUGGAAAAGUUUAGGAAAUCUGUGUCUAGUCACGCACGGGUCCUCAGGAGCAAACACAGGGAUUGGGAAAAGUUGUCCACAACACAGGACUUUGACCAGGGUCAGACGCGGUAUGCCUUCAGAGAAAUACAGAGAAAUGUAACAUCCAGUGGAGAUGCCAAAAGCUUGAAGGCCAAGGUCACAGAAUGUGAGAAGGUACCGAGUACAACGACGAGAAAGAGGCUGUUGUUUCAAACCCGCCUCCGAUCUGCUGUCUCAGGACAAUGACAUGAAGUGCUAAUUAAUGUUUAUCAAUUGACAUAUAAGGGGGACAUUUCCAAAGUCUUCUUGGUAGAUCUGUCCGGUUUACUGUGCUAUGAAACUGUGUUAAAAUGGAAAAUUAUUUUUUACCUUAGAAAACAUUUUCCGUUUUCUAAAAUACAGUUGUAGGAACUUUGUAGUAUUUAUUGUUACAAGAAUAAUAAGGAUAAAGAAUGAGAUGAGAUGUAUGUUUAUUCUACUUUAUGUGAACUGAAGUGUAACGAUCCCUGUAGACAUGUAUCAUGGGUAUGAGUUCUGGUUUACGUGUGGAAGACCAAACAUCAAGGCAGCUAACAUCCGUAUUCAGCAUUCCUUCAUUAAACUAAGUCACCAGUUCUACACAUAUCAGCUCAGGAAAAAUUCUGUCCAUUCAAAAUCCAAGUCUCAAAAGUGUUUGAUUCAUACCGCUUUAUAUGUAUUUUGACACAUGCUAUGCCAUAUAUAUUCAAUGUUGUUAGACCAACAUGUAAUCAUACAAAAUCUAAGUCUCAAAAGUGUUUGAUUCAUAUCGCUUUAUAUAUUUUUUGACACAUGCAUGAUAUGCCAUAUAUAUUUUAUGAUGUUUAUCAACUUGAAAUCAUACAAAAUCUAAGUCUCGGAAGUGUUUGAUGAGGUAAGUAAUGUUCUAGGCCAUUUGUAUUUUAUGUGGUUAAACAAAACUUGUACCAACAGUCAUAAAAUAUUGCAAGCAUUAUUUAACAACUUUGCUUACACUGAUUAUUACCAGUGUUUCAAUUAACAUACUACAUUAUAUUAAGAUCAACAAUUUUAUAUUUCAUGUGACUGUGACCAGGAAAUCUCACAAAAACUCAGCUUGUCUGGAAUGACUCCCCAUACAAUGUACCAUGAUAGGAUACACCUCAUCAGUUGUUGUUACGCCAUACCUCAUAGUGGUAUCAAAACCAACCAAGAACUAAAUAAUAAUUUCUACUGUUUUAAUUGUUAAGAGAUCUGAGGAAACAGUGCAAUAGUUGUUCAUCAUUGCUACUGAUCAAUCUGACGAUAGUACCAUCCAAACUUCCUGUAUAUCACCCGUUGACCGAGAGGAUUUGGUAUUGGAUAUCAACAGCUAAUUAAGUCAACUGAAAUACUUAAUUCGAUCUGGAUGACAUUUACAAAUUGUUUCAUUAAGUUAAUUGUAAAAUAAAAUUCUUGUAAAAUCAGUAUUAUUAUCAAACUUCAAAUUCUUGUGAAUGAGUUUAUUGGAAUACAGACAGAUAUUCUACAGUACUGACAAUGCAUUCCACAUGGCAGUUGUCCUUAACCUAUUCAUCCCUGAAAUUUCAUAAUGAACUAUUCCAACCUUUGAAUUGGAAGAGUUCAAAUGUGUCUUCAGGGGUAAAUGAACAUCAUCUCAAACAAAAAGCCUGCGGUACUUAACUGUCUGUUAUGUUUAAUUUGACCCAGGAAAAUCCUUCAAAUUCCCUUCAUGCAUCAAUUUGUUAUCCGUCCUGAUCAUGGUUGAAAAGGAUAGUGUCCCAUCUGUCAUUUGAAAGGCUUUUACUUAUCUGAUCAUGUGCUUAAUUCAUAUAAAAAUUGUUUGGUAUGCAAAUGUGUACAAGGUUAAUCUGUUUGAUGUUGGGAUACAUUUUGUAUUUAUAAAUAUCUGAUUCCUGACUGAAACUGCCGCUUUAUCAUACUGCUACGAUUGUUCACAAAGUGAAAUGAAAUCUUUAAGCUUUAAAACGUUUGAUCCUAGAAGUUGUUGGUGGUGUGGCACAUUCAACAGGGGGUUAUAUUGAGGUUAUAUUGAGGUUAGAGGUUAUAUUGAGGUUAGAGGUUAUAUUGAGGUUUUGAAUGUCUUGGAAUUAAUGAACCAAUGGAAGGUCUUUUUAACCAAACGUUUUAAAAUGUAUUUUAUUUAGAAAAUCCAGCUGUUUUUUGAGUCGCCAAUCCUGUGAAAGUACUUCAUUGAAUUGAUUCGUAGGAGUACUGUAUACUGGGAAAUUUUUGCUGCAGUUUAAUUUUGGCCUUUUUCGCCCUCUUUAUUUUUAUCAUUUCAGCAAACAUUAGCUAACAACAUACAUACAGAUAUUAAAUGUGAAGGGCGAAACUAAAACUGGGCCAAUAUGGAUUUAGCGACGAAGGGCGAAAGAUUGUCUGGGUGAACAUUUCCUGGUAUACCGUAAUUAAUUUUAGGAAUCUACACAUCUACUAAUAAGGUGGAGUCACAGAUGUUUUAAAACUCUCAAAUUGUUAGUUUGUUUUUAACGGAUAUAGUUUUAUGUCAACUUCAGUGACUAGUUUUAGGAUUGUUUCUUUUAACGUUAAAGAAAACAUAAAAAGUGGCAUGUCAAAUAUUUUUACAAAACAAAAGAUUUUUGUGUUACAACAUCAUAAGUCCUGAAAAUGAAUACAUGUUCAAUUCUUAGGAACAAGAAAUAUUUGUAAAAGCAAUAGACUAAUAGAAUCUUUCCCCCCCUUGAGGG